AUAUAUUAGCUGCAUCUCUCAAAUUCUCAGCACAUAGUGAGGAGCUGUAACAGUAACUGCAACUCGGCUCAAGUUAAACACCAAAGGACUCGAGGGGCAAGACAUGGAGAUGCUGAAAGCUGCAUUUUUCUUUCUCUUGUUUGUGGCAGUAGUGUCGGCAAGACCGGCUGACAAAAAUGGCCAUAGACGUUUCAGACUUGGGCACGGCCAAAAUUCAAGGCUAACUCAUCGCAGGCAUUCAUCAGAUUCAUCGGAUUCAUCGGACUCAAAAUCCUCAGAGUCAUCGGAUUCGGACGAGUCCAGUGAGGAGACAACCACCCAAGUCACACGUAGGACCACAACCCCAACAACCACCAGAAGUACAACAACCUCUGUGGUCAUUCCAGAGACAACCCCACCCAUCAUCACCGAGAAAACAACCCCAGUCACCAUUCCUGAGAUAUCCAGCACAGCGGAGACUGCAACCCCAGUGAUCAUCACUGAGAAAACAACCCCAGUCACCAUUCCCGAGAUAUCCAGCACAGCGGAGACCGCAACCCCAGUGAUCAUCACUGAGAAAACAACCCCAGUGGUCAUUCCUGAGACGACCCCACCCAUCACCAGUGCGAGAACAACCGGAACCCCGGUGAAUCAAUCGACCACAGAAGUUACAACCUCAUGUGGUGCUGCUACAUGUUUUACAAUAAACAUAACAACAACCACCCAGAGAGGGGACAACUGAAGUUAGUCUUCUACUAAGUAGGCUGUUUUAAUUUGAAAAUAUUAAUUUUAAUUCACUGAAGGGAUCACUUUGAAAAUGGUUUACUUGACGAUGUAAUACGGUAAAGUAUAUAUCUAUAUGUGUCAGCUGUUAUGACUUAUUGACCUCUUCCUUGUUAUUUGCUUGAUAACACUACAACCUAUUAAAGUCUACCACC